AUGACUCAACAAUUGCUAGUGAAUUCAGUGCGAAAAUACUUAGAAUCACAUCAUAUGUUUGCCGUUGAAGAAUGGCUAUCUGGAUUUGUGGAAUAUUUGAUGGAAAACGAUGAGAGUUGUAGAGAGAAUGAUGUACGAAAUCUAGCAAAGGAACAAUGGCUAUUAAAUGACCUAAAAGAAAUUUGUCCUGGCUCUCUUCCAGCAAAUUUAAGAAGUCAACAAAAAGUAACUCUUAAUGGAAGAUUUGUGCUCCAGAUAAAUAAGUGUAUUGACAUAGGGACACCUGCUUACCAACAGUACUUGAAGUUACAAAAAGUAAAUACUGAAAAUAUUGAGGCAACAACUAACUUUGAAGAAAAGAUUUCAAGUCAUAGAAUGAUAAAGUUGUAUCUGACAGAUGGCGUGCAGGAAGUGUCGGCUAUUGAAUAUAGACCAAUGAGGAAUUUGAGUUGCGACAUCACGCCCGGCUGUAAAAUGUUAAUCAAAGGCCCAAUUGAAUGUCGACGCGGGAUGUUUCUACUUACAGAAAGUAAUAUAGAACUUCUGGGCGGCGAAGUGCAGGAAUUAGUCGACACCAAUUCAUUGGCUUGUUUGUUGUCCGCAAAACUACACUUGCCUGUAGCUGUAUGCCAAAAUAAAACAAUAAAUACUUACCAAGACACGAAUGCAACACAUGCUCAAAUAACUGCAUCAAGCUACGGCAGAAACUGUCCAACAGCGGAACCAACUUUUGAAGAAACAUUCAGACCAGAAGCAAGAGUCAAUAAUCAAGUAUUGGACACAUUUGUUGUGAACAAUCAAGAAUUGGACACAUUUGUUGAAGAUGAUAUUGACGUGGAUCAGCUUGCUGCUAUAGAAGCACAGUUCACUGAGAAUCCAGGCAAGAGGCCUCUCACUGAUAACAGUUCAAAUCCAGAGAAGAAAGCUAAAAUGAACCCGAACACAGUUGUAAAUAGCAUUGAUGAAUAUCCAGAAGAUGAGGACUUUAUCAUUGAAGAUGAGGAUUAUAUUAAAGAGAUGGAAGCAAAGUUUGAUGCGCAUGAUAGAGGAGUCAGUGACUGUGUUAAUAAAACUCCAAUCACUUUACCAAAAGAACCAUUUGUAUAUAUAAAGCAAAUUAAUGAGCUCAGUGUAAAUGAAAAGUCUGGUAAAGUUUUCAAAGUGAAAGGACAAAUAAUGAAGCUGUUGUCCAAGUUGUCAGUAGGAAAAGACGGUUGGACUUUAAAAUGUGCUAUUGUAGACGGCACUGGCAGUAUGGAUGUGGACUUUACCAGUGAUGUGCUCUCAAAACUGGUUGGGUUCACUCCCCUGGAAAUGAAUCAAAUAAAGAAGCAAAUGGCGACGAAACCAGAGUUAAAGGAAAAGGCGGUUUCGGCUCUGCAAAAAGCAAAAGAGUGUCUCCAGACAUUGUAUUGCAUAAUUGAAUUGACUAUGUUAGAUGGUCCAAAGAUAACAGGGCUUAUACCCUUCGAUGGAACACAUCUUGAUUUGCUGAAGAAAAGACAGCUGUUUGUAGAAUCUCAAUUUUGA